AUGGAAGGUCGACAUCCCGAACAGCUCGAGGAAUCAGUUCAUCUGACCCGCAGUCAACCCGGGUGCCAUGACCCAGCUAUUCACACGCACGGUCACGAACAACUGACUGCCAGUGUGCAGGAGUUGCUACCGGACUUGGCUGCCUAUGGCGUGCUCAAGGACAGAGAUGCCGCCCUCUUCGUGGAGUAUGAUGGACAUCCUCAUCAUGAGCGCCAGCGCGGUGUCCGCCGCGACCUCCGCAAGAGCGCUGCCCUGCUACGUGUCGCCAGCAACUCCUCGGUGGUGGUGCGUGUGGGCCAUACGAUGUCGAACCCGCAGACGCCUUUGAACCCGCAGGUGAUCUACGUUGCAGUGCCGACCUGGCAACGCGAUGAGGAUCCGAGCCUCACGCAGGUGCUGAGUGUCCUGUGUCGCGAGCUCCACGAGCAGCUGGGACGGCGUUGGGCGCCCGCGGUGUCCUUGCGAUUGCUGCAGCAGCCGGCGAACAACAGGCUGUGCCCCCGUGCCGCUGCCUUCGCCGAAGCCCGGCAUCGCGCCAGUGAGCUCCAACGUGGUGGCGCGACGACCGCGGGCACGCAGACGGAGACCUUGGCGAAGUUGUACAAGUCUUGGAGCCGCUGA